UACAUACCCAUCUGCCACUAUAAAAACCGAAGUUGGGGUUGUUUCCACACAGCACAAACUAGCAAAUCCAGAUUUCAUAAAAACAGCAAGCAAUGGCCGGUUCAUCAUCAACAGGGAUGUGGUCAAUGAUCAAGGACAUUGAUCACACUAAAACUACUUGGGCAUUGAAGGUUCGGAUAGUCAGGGCUUAUGAGGUGCCUCCCCAUUCAAAGGGUGGGGAGACUCUUGAGAUGGUAUUGCAUGACGCAGAGGGCGAUCGGAUUCACGCAAUUAUCAAGCGCCCCCAGAUUGCUUUGUACAAGCCUAUUAUUACUGAGCACAACAUCUAUGCCAUAAGGAACUUCUUAGUUCUAGACAACUACCAAACGGUGAAGACCACAAAUCACCCCUACCUGAUUCAGUUCAUUUCUAAAACCCAGUUCAGGGAAGAAAAUAGAACAGAACUACCUAUGAUGAUCUAUGAUUUCCAGCCAUUUGAUAUGCUGCACGCCCAAAGGGUUAUCAAUGACAAAUAUCUCAUAGAUAUCAUUGGGAAGGUUAUCACCAAGAGCUUGGUACAAACCCAUAUCAUCCACGGGAAAACUGAAAGGGUUAUGGAAGUCACCGUUGGAGACCCAGAGGGUAACCGAAUGGGUUGUGUACUAUGGAACAAGUAUAUAGACCAGUAUCUGGAUUUCGUAAAGGAAAAUGAAGGAGUGCCCAUUUUUUUGAUUUUCCAACUAUGCCGACCCAAAAGAUUCCAAGGCAAUUUGACUGUGGCUUCUUCCUACGAUGUGUCCAAGCUCAUCCUAAACGGAAACACAGCUGAAUUCUUGGAAUUUCAGAGCGAAUUUCCAGCUGACGGCGAUGAUGCCACAACUUAUACAUGUGUCACCCAUUGCUCACAAGGAGAUGCUAGGGACGACGUGCUAAGUGGCAAUGUAAUCCUCACCACUAUGAAAGAUUUGCUAAAAGCAACUGAGGAGGAUAUUUACUGGGUCCUAGCAGAGAUUGUUUCGAUCGAAAACUUUCGGGAAUGGUGCUACCUCGCCUGCCCGACAUGUCACAAAAAGUUGGUGGCAGAGGAUGAGAGGUUCAGGUGUUUAACUUGCAGUGUAACACUACCAGAUGGAGUUUAUCGCUACAAGGUGAGCGUGUGUAUCAUGGACACAACCGGGCAUGGAAAUUUUGUUCUCUGGGACAGGGAGUGCAUAGAGAUUUUUGGGAAAACAUCUGCAAGCCUUAUGACCGAAAUGGAGAAGAAAACAGGGGAUCCAACUAGCUUUCCCGAAGACAUCGAAAAUUUGGUUGACAAGAAGGGAAUAUUUAAAAUACAGCUAAGGAAGAAAAAUGAAGAAAAUGCUUACAAAGGUGGGAUUUCCCUAGGAGUAGUUAGUAUGAUUCGAGAUCCCACUGUUUUGGCAAUGUAUGAAGGAAAGCAGAUGCAAAUGGGAACAAAUGAAAGUGGCGAAUGCACUCCAGAAAAGAUUUGUUCGAAUGCAAUGGGAGAGAACGACAACUCUAUAAGAGAGAAGUCAACUGUUACAAAGGGAAAGGGGAAACGCAUUUCUGCUGAGAAGGAGGUCACCGAACCUAUCGAGCUCCCGGAUUCACCUAUUGCAUCUACUCAAAGAGAGGUGGUUCUUGAACUGAAUGAUGAGAUCAAAAGAAAUCUCAAUGAUGAGUUUUCAAGCAAUGGCAAUGGGAAGAAGCUGAAAAUCAAAAUCAAGCAAGAACCACUUUAAGUGGCGUUGCAAGCUGAAUAUUAUGUUACUGCUAUUUGUGUUGACCUUUGAUAAAUAACAUUACCAAUUAUGGCAGUGUGUAUGCCUUGGUUUGGCAGUAUGGAUGCCAUGUCUAAAAAACUAUGUAUUUUGCCUUGGGUGAUAGACUUCUAAACCCUACAUUUUGCUACUCUAUGACUAACAAUUAAAUGGAAGUUAUCAGAAGUUACUUCUC